AUGGACUUGGAAAAUUCCAUUUAUGGCUACCUUCAUGAAAGAGGGGAGAUUGUACCUAAGGAGGAUAAACAAAUACAAUACAAGGGUGGACAACAAAAAGGCAUGUACAUUGGACAAAGGAUGUCAUAUGUUGAAUUUGUUUCAAAGGCAUGUGAACGGUUGGAUAUUAAUUCAAAUGGAUAUACAUUUCAUUACACCCUUGAGUUUGAUCCAUCUGCACUUCAACAGUUGGAUGAUGAUGAGGACAUGCAUAUGAUGUUAUCCCAUAGUUAUGAUUAUGCUCGUAUUUAUGUAUUAAAACGGACUCGAAGAGUAGAAGUUGAAGGAGAUGUUGAGUGUUCAAGCCAACCUUCAAUGCGGGGAAGGAGAGGUGCUCGUAUCAUAGAGCAAAGAUUGGUAGACAUUAAUCCAGGGACGAUUGCUGAAUAUAGCAGACAAGAUGGGCAUUUUUGGCAAUUGUUCAUUGCACAUUCUUUUUCAAUUCAAGGGUUUUUAAUGGGUUGUCGACCUGUUAUUGCAAUUGACUCAACUCAUUUGAGUGGACCGUAUAGGGGCUCUUUAUUUUCUGCAACAGCUUAUGAUGCUGAUGAUGGCAUGUUCCCAAUUGCAUUUGGUGUGGUAAGUUCAAAAAACUAUGAGGAUUGGCUAUGGUUUUUGCAGAAAUUGAAGGGCAUACUUCAAGAUAAAGAGGUAGUCAUAAUAUCAGAUAGGCAUCAAGCAAUCCUUCAUAGUGUUUCUCAACUUUUUGGAGUAGAAAAUCAUGCAUAUUGUUAUCAUCAUGUGAAAGAGAAUUUUAGUAGCUAUGUGACGAAACAUAGAAUGAAAGGAAAAAAAUGUAAAAUGGAUGCAUUGUUGCUACUUGAUAAUGUUGCGUAUGCUAGGUUGGAUGAUGAUUAUGUUGUAGCCAUGGAAAAAUUAAAGACAUAUAACAGUGACCUAGCGAAGUGGGUUGAAGAGAACAAUCCACAACAUUGGGCAAUGUCAAAGUUUGCCAAAAAACGAUGGGAUAAGAUGACAACUAAUCUUGCUGAAUCAUUCAAUGCUUGGCUGAAGGAGGAACGUCAUUACACAAUUUUCAACUUAGUAAUGACACAUAUGGAUAAGUUUGCUCAUCUAGCAUGUGAUCAUAUGGGUUCUACAAAAAAUUGGAAAGCUGCAAUUGGCCCAAAGACCGAGGAAAAGCUGUUGGAAAACAUUAUAAAGAGUGGAUCAUUGCCUGUAUAUCCCUAUGUUGGUGGUGUGUUUAAGGUAUUCAAUAUGAAAGUAUAUGUAGACGUGAAUUUGAGAGAGCGUACAUGUACUUGUAAGGCUUGGCAAAUGGCCGGAAUACCUUGUGAGAAUGCAUGUGCAGCAAUACGCCAGAUGAAACAAGAUGUUUAUGAAUAUGUUGACUCAUAUUUCAAGCUUCCAGUGCAACAGUUGAUAUAUUCUGGACACUUCAAUUCAAUUCCAAAUCACAACAUGCCUAUAGUUGAUGCUGAUGGAUGUGUUCGUGAUGCUCAAGGUCGCUUAUAUCCUUCACUUAAACCUCCAUGCUCAAAACGACCACCUGGAAGGCCUCGACACCGUCGAAUAGAGUCUCAAUUUAGUUCAAAAAGGCUUAUCUUCUGUUCACGAUGUCAAGUUGCAGGCCAUAAUCGAGCUUCAUGCAAAAAUCCAUUACCCGCUCCAUGA